AUGAAGAGAGAGGGUCGCCAGCAUGGCAUGGUCCGGACCACCGCAAUCCUACCACCACCUUUAAGACCCGUGGCUAGGAAUGUUAACAAGCUUGGCUCACCACCAACCGCCGGCAUGUUCACCAAGGUCUCAUCCAAGCCCACAAACCACUCCAAGUUUACGAGCAAGUGCGGGCGACCCCGAUGCAACGGGUGCCACAUUCACCCAGCUUGUAAGGCAAAGGACAAGGCCAAGGGUGCCCAAAAGCUCAGAUUGAUCACUUGGCGGUUCGUGGAUGCUAAACCAGGAUUCAAGUUUUCGGGCUCUUCCGCCUCUGACAUUUUGGAUCAGUUGGCUUAUCCUUAUAUGGAUGAUGAUUGUGAUAUAGAUGAUCAUGUUGAUGGUGUUCUUGAUGGAUCAUCUGAUGCUAAUCAUGAAGAGAUAGAUGAAUAUGAUAAUAAUGAUGAUCAAAUGAGUUUCUGUGAAGUGGGAUUUGUAUUGGAACCGUUGGAUGGAGAUGAGAGUUGGUGCCUGGUGGAAGAAAUGUGA